AUGCUCUUCAUUCACGCUACUUUGGUCACCGUCAAUGCGAACCGUGAUAUUAUUGAGGACGGGGCCAUCCUGGUGGACGGACAGUUCAUUCUUGACAUGGGUAAAUCCGCCGAUCUUAUCUCUAGGCAUAACGGUCAAGAGACAAUCGAUUUGAAGGGUCAGAUUGUGAUGCCAGGCCUGAUAUCUUUGCACGUUCAUCUUGCUCAAUCUCUUCUCCGCACUGCGGGAGACGAUUUACCUCUUAUCGAUUGGCUCUGUGACAGAGUGUGGAAAAUGCAGGGAUGCUUCACCGAAGAAGAUGGUUAUGUGGCUUCCAAACUGACCAUUGCCGAAAUGCUAAAGUCUGGGACCACUACCUUCGUUGAAGCUCUUUUUGCUGAAAGAUACGGAUUCGAAGGCGCCGUCACGGCUGUCGCCGAAUCUGGUAUCAGAGGCUGCGUGGGGAAAGUCGUCAUGGACCAACCUAGAUACGCAACCCAGGAGGGUAUAAGCAUGCACGAAGGCCUCAUUGAAGACGAAACUUCUCUGGAAAGAGCGGUCCAAAUGUUUGACCGCUUCAAUGGCUCUGCUGAAGGCAGGGUGGAGGUCUGGUUCGGUGCCAGAACCCCCGGCGGCGUCACCGAAGAUCUUUAUCGUCGAAUGGUGAAGGUGUCCGAGGAAAAGGGUAUUGGAAUCACAAUGCACUGCGCCGAAAUCGAAGCAGACAGGGUAUUCUUUGCCUCCAAGGGCCACACUCCCAUGAGUUAUUGCAAAGACCUGGGGCUUCUAAAAUCUCGUACCGUUUUGGCCCACAUGGUCCAUUUAGACGACGGCGAUAUCGAGAUUCUAAAAAAUACGGGGGCUUCCGUGGCUCACUGCCCAGCCUCCAACGCCAAAUUGGGUUCUGGAAUUGCUAGAGUUAAAGAACUAGUAGAAUCAGGAAUUCCAGUAGGUCUAGGUUGCGACGGAUGUCCCUGUAAUAACACUAUGGACUUAUUACAAGAAAUGAAGUUGGCUUCUCUGUUACCAAAAGCGGUUCACAAAAACCCAACCAUUCUUCCGGCCGAACAAAUAGUGGAAAUGGCAACGAUUGUCGGAGCGAGAGCAAUCGGUAAAGAAGACCAGUUAGGUUCAUUGGAGAUUGGCAAAAAAGCUGACUUCAUCUCCAUCAACCUGGCCAACAAGUUAUAUGCCCAACCCAUGAGAGACCCAGUUUCAAUGAUAGUCUACAUUGCUACUGGUAAUGAUGUUGAGAAUGUGAUCAUUGAUGGUAGACUGGUGGUCAAAGACAAGGAGUUGUUGACCUUGGAUGAAGAAGCAAUCAUUAGAGAGGCAAAUGUGCAUGGUGAAUCAGUCAGACAGAGAGCUAAAUGCAUGGGGGGAUACAGUCGUUGGAACACAAUGUAA